AUUUGCCCACCAAGCAUCAAACUUUCCUCCAUUUCUUUUUUCAAUUCCUCUUUAUCUUUCAAUGGCAGCAUUAACAUCUGGAGAUCAAACGUCCUUCUUGAGUUUAACCAUCGGUGAUAUAUCAUUGUCGGGCUUCAUGGAUGAGCCAGUCGACAACACCUAUGGAUACGUUCACCAGUCUAGUAAUUUGCCUAAACCACCAACCAAUCUCACCAAUUCCAUUGGAGAAAUGCUAUGGAUACAUGGACGCACUUAUAGCGAUGUUCAAAUUUCAUUACGUAAAAGUCAAGAAUUGUUGAAAGACACCGCUAUCCCUGAGAGCUUGCAGCUGCAUUCCAUGGUCUUGUACCAAUCCAAUUACUUUAAGAAACUAUUGGCAACACCUUCUAGCAUGAAGAACUUGGUCUUGGGCCCUCGCAAGACAAAGGAAGAUUUGAUUCAUCUCUACACCGCUAUCAAAUUGAUGUACACUAAAGGGUGGCAGCAGGAGCUCAAUAUGGAAAACGCGCAGGGUAUCCUGUCGGCAUGUCUUGAAUUGGAAUACGAAGAGGGCAUUCGUUCCGUUAACGAAUGGCUCUCAUUUGCAUCAAGAAAACCUCUGCAAGUCCCAUGUGAUAAAUCGCAUGAAAAUGCUUCAAUGGACAGUGGCGUCUCUGACAUUAGCUCAGCUAAAAGCUCACCCAGCUUACGUACUAUUAGUGUACCCAUCCCUCCCCAACAUGCUAGAAAAUCAUCGGCUCCGCUGGUCCCCAUGAACCCACAAGAAUUGUACCGACAACUUACCUCCGCAACUGCCCCUGCAGAAACCAAAAUAGCGACUAUGCAGCAUCACAUUAACACCUUUGAGCGCGUCUCUCACUCCAAUCUCCAUCAAUGUCUCCAACGUCACUUUGACACGUGUUUCCCGUUUGAUGCCAAUCUGUACUGCGCCACGAUGGAUUCUAUUUUAACAUUGCGCCAGCAACAGCACUUGUCUUCAUCUGAGGCUGCGAAAAGUGUCAUAAGAUUGAUGGGAGUCAUGCGUAAUGACCAGGCACACGAGGCUCAAUCUCAUUCUCCCAUUGUGGAAGCCAUGCAAUCUCAGGCACCUAUUCAUAUUUCUGUUCACCCUCCUGUCGUACCAGUUGCUAUGGACGUCAUAUUGAUCGAGAUCAUGUCUCAUUUGGAGCCUAACGAUCGUGCCGAAGUUGCAAAUUUUCUGUCUGGCCAAUCUGUUAAGCGCAACAUUAAACAUUUGCGCCAAAUUAAAGGCGAUGAAGGUAUUGACUGGGAAGAGAUUGAACGCGAACGAAGUGAAAAGCACACUGCAUGGGUCAUUAGCGACGAGUUACACCAUUACAUCUCACAAUUUCUUUAAAAGAAUUUUUUUGACAAGAUUGUCUUUUGAUUAUACCCCUUCCCUUAUUCAACCCCAACAUUCACAACAUAUACUCAUAUAAUAGGCACUUCCAUUUGUACAGUUCAUGUUUGCCUGACAUUAGCAAAAGAUUUUUUUCUACAUUAAAGUCGAAUUUUAUAUUAUAUUAUAUUCCGUCA